AUGGAAAAGCCCAUCUCAAACCAAUCCUACGGCCCAAAGGGUAUGCCGAACUGUCAGUCCGAUCUGGAGGCCUGGCUCAAUGAGCCAACUCAGAAGGCUGCCACAGAGCAGUUCUUUGUUCAAAAAAUGAAUGAAAAUCUCUCCAGACCUGUUGGUAUUCCACCCAGCCAGGGAGGGCGCUACGUUGGUUUUGGCAGCGGCCCAGUCCAGCCUGCUCCCCGCCAAGAAUCCUCAGCCUACGACGAUGCCUUUAAAGCCAUCAUGACGGUUAGUGAUUUUAACGUGUUUCUUUUUCUGUGA